UUGACUGGACCAAAACAGGAACUGAGACAUGGCAUCCGUGUUCGGCGGAGUGGAGGGUGGAGGGACCAGCUCCAGAGCGUUGCUGGUGGCAGCAGAUGGGAAGAUCCUGGCAGAGACAGAGGGACCGUCCACUAACCACUGGUUGGUUGGGGUGGACAAAUGUAUCGAAGGCAUCAACGACAUGAUCCAGAGAGCCAAGAGGGAGGCAGGGCUGGAUCCAAACACGCCGCUAUGCUCACUGGGAAUGUCUCUGAGUGGAGGGGAGCAGAAGGACGCCAUCGACAAUCUGGUCGCUCAGAUGAAGAAGCGAUUCCCCACUCUCAGCCAGCACUACUUCAUCACCACCGAUGCCAUUGGCGCCAUGGCGACCGCCAGUGACCGUGGAGGUGUAGUGGUGAUAUCAGGGACCGGCUCUAACUGCAAGUUGGUCAAUCCCGAUGGCCCACCGGUCGGCUGUGGAGGCUGGGGUCACAUGAUGGGUGAUGAGGGAUCAGCAUUCUGGAUGGCUCAUUUGGCGGUGAAGACGGUGUUCGAUGCCAAAGACAACCUGGUCGCUCCUCCUCAUGACGUUACACAUGUCAGGAAAGCCAUGGAGGAAUACUUCCAGGUGACAGAUCUGAUGGGCAUGCUGCCGCACCUCUACAGGAACUUCCAGAAGUCCCACUUUGCCGGUUUCUGCAAGAAGCUGGCUGAAGGUGCAGAAGCAGGCGAUCCUCUCUGUCAGUAUGUGUUCACUCAGGGUGGGAAAGUCCUGGCAAAACAUAUAGAAGCAGUCUUACCUGCAGCACAAGAGCCUCUGUUAAGUAAUGACCUCGGCCUGCCCAUCCUGUGUGAGGGCACAGUGUGGAAGAGCUGGGAGCUUCUGAAGCCAGGGUUCACUGAGGUGUUGGAUAAAGUGGCAUCAUCUGACAAGUUCAAGGGUCGUUUCCAUGGGUACAGCCUCCUGACUUUGCGGCACUCUUCAGCCCUCGGCGGCGCUAGUCUGGGGGCUCAGAGUAUGGGCGCCUCCAUAACUAUGGAUUACACAGCCAAUGCCAACGUCUUCUACCGACACACUUUCAACAGCAGCCAGUGAGAGUUCAGCUGCAUCCUGUCCAUCUCAACCAAUCAGCUAAAGGGAGAACGCAUUGGCCUGUACAUGAAUAUAAGCAUCCUCACUAAUAACAUUUACUAUAAUGAUAAUAAUGAUUAUGUGUGGUAUAGCACUUGAUUUGAACUGAAGAUACCGAUACUGUGGUUGGAAAUCUAAUUUUUUUUCCAGCUGCAUAGCGGCUAUUGUGACAGUGGAAUUGAUAUUACUUUAAUUUUAUUCUCAUUGCAAAUCUUUGCACCUCUACAACACUUGUUUACAUCUGAGAUUUAUAAUAAAAAUACUGUUAACUUGAA